AUGGCUGACCCGAAUCAAACUCCACGGAGGCUCUCCAUGGCUUACAUCUUGGGUUUCAGUAACAAGCCAUUCAAGGACCCACCCCCGCCUCCUCGCCCCCCUCAGCCCAAUGCGCUACUUCACAUGGUCACUACGCCUGGUGGUGUCGUCGAGUGGACCGCUAGCGACGGUCGAAAAGGCAAGCUCACAGGCAAGCUCACAGGCUCAGGUAGGCAACGACUCACAGAAGCCACUCUUGCCAAAGUACCCUCAGAGAAACAGUCGAUAAAAGGCCCUAGAAGCAAGAAGAAGGCAGCUACAGAGCAGCCUGGAAGUGACACGGGAGGUGGCCUGAUGGACUUAUUUGCUGGAGCUGGCAAUGACAAAAAAUCCGAGAAGAAUGAUCAAGGCAAGGGAGCUGAGACCAAUGGGUGGUCGCCGCAACAGGAUGCGAAAUUGAUGGAAUUGAAGACCGAAAACGCCAGCUUGGCCUGGGAUGCGAUCGCUGUCGAAGUUGGUAAGAGUGCGGAUCAGUGUAAAGGCCGGUUCAAGAACAUCAAACCCAAGGAUUGGAAACCCAAUGUGGCGAAGAAGGGAGGUGGUCGUGGGAAAACCAAGCGGGACGAUAAUCAAAACAAUGCGGGCUCGAAAGAUGGCCAGAAGAACGGGAAACAGAAUGACGCGAAAAAGAACAAUGCUGAUACCGGAUGGGGAGGCGAUGGUGGCAACAAUUCGGGCAGUGGUAAUGACAACACCGGAGGAAACACUACUUGGAAUACCGGCAAUACUGGUGGUCAAGUCGACACCGGGUGGGACAACCUAAACUCAUUCGGAAAUGACGCGGGAGCUGCUACUGGAAAGCAAGACAACAGUGGUACUGCUGCUGCUUCAAACACUGGACCGCCAGGAUGUGACACAACUGAAGGCAAUACCGCCGGCGCCGGGUGGGAUACUCUAGCUACCCAUACUGCUGCUACGGAUGCAUGGCCCACCACAACUGGCGAAAAUAACAACAACUUCGGAUGCGGGGGCAAUUGGAACAACCCAUCUCCAGCUAAAUCCGCCUCCAAAGCUCCCUCCAAGGCAUCCAAGGUCAAAUCCUCCUCACAUCAUCAUCAGAAGAGCCCACAGACUCCACUCAAGCACACUUCGCCCAAAAACGCAAAUCAAAACCUCAUCACGGCUCCGCUUGAGCUUGAAGUCAGUCCUGACAACACGUUUUCAGCAGAUGACUUGCGUCUUGUGGCUCGCAUUUUGCAGCAGGAUUGCAGUAUGGUCUGGGAUAGAGUGAGCUGGAGGUUCAGGGACAAGACGGGCAGAACCCUGCAUCCCGAUCUCUUUGAACGCAAGAUCACGGGCCAUGUGGAAGGUAAGGGUAGUGAAAUGGGAGGACGAAGGAGGAAGUAA